AUGGGCUGUCUUCUGUUCGGCUUCUUCGCGGCGUGGCGACAGAAGACAUUCAAUUCACACAAACGAACGCUGAAAGAAGGUCUAGUGCCGGGCUCUGUGCUGAUCAUUCUGGCCGGUCGUCAUCGCGGCAAACGUGUGGUGUUUCUGAGACAGUUGUCGUCGGGUCUGCUUCUGGUGACCGGACCCUUCAAGAUCAACGCCUGUCCUCUGCGGCGAAUGCAUCAGCAGUUUGUGAUCGUGACCUCCACUCGACUGGACAUCUCGGGUGUCAAAGUUCCCGAUCAUAUCGACGACAAGUACUUCAAUGUGAAGAAAGAUCGGUCACCGAAGGGCAAGAAAGGCGACGGCGGAGACAUCUUCGACACCAAAGCCGAGGCCUGGAAACCCGACGAGACCCGGAAGGCCGACCAAAUCAAUGUCGACAAACAGUUGAUUCAAUUGAUCCGCAAAAAUAAGGAGAAGAAACUGUUGUUCGCGUAUUUGGGAUCGUAUUUCCAGUUAAGGAAUCGCGUCUUUCCUCACAAAUUGAAGUUCUAAUUGAAUUUGUCUUAAGAUUUAAUAAAUAAACAGUUUUUUGAAAUUAAAA